AUUAUGUAUUCAUAGUAUUUUGUGAAUUAAUUUUAUAGAAAAUUUAAACUUGUCUUAAUGUUGAUUUUAGAUGGUGGAAGGACUUAGAUUUGGAUAAAGUGGAGUUUGCUCAUCAUCGUCAUGUGGAAUAUUUUGCUUUAGCAUGUGCAUACACAAUAGAUGAUGGCUUUAGCAUGUGCAUACGCAAUAGAUGAUAAGUAUUCUGUCUAUAGAAGUGAUUUUGCAAAGCUUUGUUCUCUUACAACAAUUGUCGAUGAUGUCUAUGACACUUAUGGUACUAUUGAUGAGAUUAAACUCUUCAAUGAAGCUAUUAAGAGGUGGGAUCCUUUACCUCCAAAAAGCUUUCCUAAAAAUAUUAAAAUAGCAUAUAAGGCAUUUCACAUGGGAGUAAAUGAAAGUGCUCAAGCCACAGAGAAGAUUCAAGGAUGAGACACCCUUCCUUACACACUCAAAGCUAUAUGAAUUUGAAUCUAUUACUCAUAACAAGAUUAUAUCACUACUUUAUCCCUACACCUCACAUAAUCUAUAAGAAUAAAUGUUUUUUAGUGGCUAAAUUUAAUUUUAUCUUUCCAAGUAUAUAUG